AUUAUUUGACACGUUUCCGUUCUUUCUUCCCUGCGUUGUGGUGACGGUGAUUGCAGCAUCUACAUACAUUGUCAUGGCGAUGAAGCUACCUGAAACGAGAAUAAAAGUGCGUGAUGCUAAAGUCACCAACGAGAGUGAAUUUGACGAAUCUUUCACAGAAGUUGACAGUCAAUCAGAACAAUUAGUAUUACUAAAAGUGUCAUAUGACAAAGACAAAGAUGAAGCCAUCAUUGCAAAAAACGAUUCUGCUCUCAAUGGUGGGAGAUGGAACGUCGUAUCUAAACGCCGUUUUAAUGGCAUUGACACACAAGAUGGGAGCUCGAGUGACGUACAACCCGCCAGUACGUCUCUACUAAAAGCAGCUGAUCUCAACGGAUCUGUGGCACUGCAUUUGUCGUCUGUUGGAGGGUUGUCUGGUGCUCGAAGUGCAGCUAGAAGGCUGAGUCUCAAGCUCAAACGGUCGUCAGCAAUGCAACUGUUGAAGUCAAGCGAUGUGAGGAAGGUUGUACUGUUGUACUGCAUCUUUUCGUUUGGUGUGAUUGGUUAUGCCGAUAUUGUGAGUGUGUGGCUGGCAACAGCUAAAUAUAAAGGUGGUAUAGGCUUCAGUAGCUUGAAAAUUGGAAUCUUCACUGGAUCCACUGCACUAGCAAUGAUUCCGCUACUAUUCUUUUUUAUACCUUGGAUUGAACGUUGUCUUGGCACACUUCAGGCUUACUAUUUGUCUGCCAUCAGUUUGGUUCUCUUCUGCACAACAAGUCCUCUUUUGGUGUCAUUAUCGAACGACAUACUGCUUUGGACGUUGCUAGUUGCGCUGUCUCUCCCUCUUCGCAUGUUCAUCGGCGGUGGAUUUGUCAUGAUCUCUGUGCUCAUCAACAACUCAGUGCCACCAAACAGAGUCGGUAGCGUCAACGGUCUCUCAGUUGCUCUGUCUGGAGUUGCAAGAGCCUUGGCUCCUUUGACAACUGGUUCUGCGUUCGCUUGGUCGAUUGAAUACGGCACGAGCGAUGUGGGAUUUCCAUUGGACUAUCACUUGACGUUUUACUUGUUAGGCAUGGCUUUCUAUCUAUCUCUCUGCCAAGCUGCUAGGAUACCCGAACACUUGCAACAAAAGAGACCUCAAUAAAUCUCAGGCAGACCUGCCAUCCUAUCUAAACCAAAAUGCGUGAGUUUUCCGGGGGGAAAUGCGUGAGAAAGCGGGAGAUAAAAAUUCCUUAGCCACGCCUACAAUAGUACGUUAAUAUCAAUAAAUUUUAUGUUAUAAUAAUCGUUAAUUAAAUA